AUGGAAGCGUGGGUGACCGACAAAGUCGCGAGCCUGCACCUCGAUGCGUCCGUGUACGUCGAGUACGCGCUGAGUCUGCUGCAGGAUGAAGAUUUUGACAUCUCCGAGCGUGUCGAGACCGUCAUCUCAGUGUUUCGUAGCGCUGCCGACGGCCUCGUCGCGUCCGAUGUGGUCGACGGACUCUUGGACGCGUCAACAAUGACGCUCGAUGUCAAAAAUAUGCUGCAGGGCCAAGUCGAGCAGUCAAAAAUGGAAGAAGCACUGGAGGUCGCCGCCAAGAAGCUCAAGGACCUCGAGAUACGGGAGCAACAGCUCAUGGAGACGGAAGAGGCAGCAGCGCGGGCGCACGAGAAGAUGACUGAGCGUCUCAAGCACAUGACCCGUCAAGAACUCGCAGCGAGAGAGCACCUGAUCAGUGAAUACGGCUUCACGCUGAUGUUUGAAUUUGACGAAGACGGCAAUGUGGUCAAAAUCAAAGACAAGGACAAGAGCGUCGAGGACGUGGGCCCGGGCAACACGAACAAACACCGCGUGCAGCAGGCGCAACAGGCCGUGCGGGAGAAGAUGAAGACGGAGCACGACAAGAAGGUCAAGUACGAGAAGGAGCUGCUGGCAAAGGACAAGGCGAGGAAGGACAAGGCCAAGAAGAGGACGGUCAAGAGGGAGAAACAGCGGGGCUGCGGCUAG